GGCCCAGCGCCGGGGGAGGCGACGCCCGCACAGCGCGACACGGCGGUGCGGCAGCCGGGCAGGGGACACGGGCACAGCACGGCAGGGGGGACCCCGCGUGACGCCGUGGGGGACACCGCAUGACGCCGCGGUCCCGCGGCCCGGCGAGGUGACGCGCGCUCGGCGCACGCCCCGGCACUCGGCGGCGGCACUCGGCGGUGGAGGAGGCACAGCGGCAUGCUGAGGAGGCGGUUUCGUCCCCCUGCGGCAGCCGGCUUCGGUACGAGGUGGAGCGCGGAGGAGAGCGUCGCUGCUACGCCCGCCAACAUGCCAAAUAUUAAAAUCUUCAGUGGGAGCUCGCACCCGGACCUGUCGCAGAAGAUCGCCGAUCGCCUCGGCCUGGAGCUGGGAAAGGUGGUCACGAAAAAAUUCAGCAACCAGGAGACGUGUGUGGAAAUAGGUGAGAGUGUACGCGGAGAGGAUGUCUACAUCGUGCAGAGUGGCUGUGGGGAGAUCAAUGACAAUCUGAUGGAGCUGCUCAUCAUGAUAAACGCCUGUAAGAUUGCCUCAGCCAGCAGAGUCACUGCUGUCAUACCCUGCUUCCCUUAUGCUCGGCAGGACAAAAAGGACAAGAGUCGAGCUCCAAUCUCUGCCAAACUGGUUGCAAACAUGCUGUCUGUGGCAGGUGCAGAUCAUAUAAUCACCAUGGACCUGCAUGCAUCUCAGAUUCAGGGUUUUUUUGAUAUCCCUGUUGAUAACCUGUAUGCUGAGCCUGCAGUUCUUAAAUGGAUCAAGGAGAACAUUGUGGAGUGGAAAAACUGCACCAUAGUUUCACCAGAUGCUGGUGGAGCCAAGAGAGUGACCUCCAUUGCCGAUCGAUUGAAUGUAGACUUCGCCCUCAUUCACAAGGAGCGCAAGAAAGCCAACGAGGUGGAUCGCAUGGUGCUGGUGGGUGAUGUGAAAGACAGAGUGGCCAUUCUGGUGGAUGAUAUGGCAGACACGUGCGGUACCAUCUGUCACGCUGCGGACAAGCUUGUGUCAGCUGGAGCCACCAAAGUUUAUGCCAUCUUAACUCACGGGAUCUUUUCUGGGCCAGCAAUCUCUCGGAUCAACAACGCCUGUUUUGAGGCAGUUGUUGUCACAAACACAAUACCGCAGGAGGACAAGAUGAAGCAGUGCCCUAAAAUCCAGGUGAUUGACAUCUCCAUGAUCCUUGCAGAGGCCAUCAGGAGGACUCAUAAUGGGGAAUCUGUCUCCUACUUAUUCAGCCAUGUCCCUUUAUAACAGCAAAUGCCAGCUGCUGCUUGUAUGGCUUUUUUUUUCUUAAAACCAAAAGUUGUUCAGUUUGUUGUAAAGUUCAGUAGAAGACUCUGCUUGUUCCAGUGCAGUUCUCCACAGCUCCUCCUGCUUGAGUCAGGCUUGCUGGCUCUGGUCCCAACACUGGGAGGCUGGCGGGGGGAAGCUCAUCUCUGUAACACUCCAGCUCCACCAGCAACCCUGUGCAUUGGGGCUCACCAGUAGCAGGGACUCAGUUUUGCCCAUCUGUGAAGAGCGGGACUGAUACGGCCACUAUUUCUGAGGGGGUGGAGGGGAGAGAGUUUGUCUGUGGGCAGGGUUAGAAGAUCUAACUUAGGGUGCAUGUGUACCCUGAAUUGUUUGGGAAGUAGAGCUCCCUAGGCCAUGUUGAUCUGGAUCUACAGCAGGAGCCUGAGAGCCUGCUGGCUGUCCUACCACUCCAAGCCUGACAAGCCUGUGAAGAGCAGUGGGGAAGCCUUGACUCUAGUGAAGCCCUGGCAGGCACCUGGGAGGUAGUUCUGCUACAGCUUCCUCCCAUGAAAAUAGAUUACUGUAGCUUUCAAACUUGAACUCUGCUUAAUUAUUGACGAAAUCAAAUGCCCAUUAGUGUGUUAGACAGCAAAGCAAAGGUGAGAGCAUAGUCUGUGCAGUACUGCCUUGCUGUGGGAACUUAGUGGUGAAGGUGCAUCCUGGACAAGCGUUGUUUUCCCUCUUACAUAGAGGACCCACAGUGGUUGUGUGCUUUAGUUUUUAGUGUAGGCUAAAACCAGUUUCUCAAUUUCACAGCUUACUGUUACCCUUGCUAGCAAUUAGAGGACUACUGUCAUGUACUAUAGCUGCACCUUGACUUGCUGUGCAAAUCCUUGAUCCUUUUUUUACCAAUACACUAGUAAACUGAGCCUCUUUUAUCCUGUAGUAGCUUGGUUGUUGCAUCUAGCACAUGCCUGCUCAGAUGCUGGGGUGACCUAAUACACAACUGCUUUGUGUCCAGCUGUCUUAGCCUCUCCUUGCCUGCAAUCCUGUUGGCCUGUAAGUUACUGACACAUUCUGGUUGCUUGUCCUGCCUGCCUUGCUUUGAAAGUGUGGCUCCUUGCAAAAGAACUUAAACCAGGGAGCACAGGAGGCUGCGGGACUACAAAACCUGUCUGCUGCUGCUAAUGAGUGCUUAUGGCAAUGGGUUGAAGAGGCUGGUGAUACGUAGUACUGGGAAAACUAUAGAUCUAACACCAACCUGACAGGCAGCAAAGUGCCUGAAAGAAAAAUACCAAAACUAGAGCUGGCUGAGGCUCCUGGAUCUAAUAAGUAUCAUCUGAAACUUGAAUACUUGGUAUCUGUACCAGACAAUCGUAAACUGUUAAGUCUCUCCUGGACUAUUACUGCGUGUUAGACCAAGCUGUUUUAUGCUCUGGUGUUUAUAAGCACUCCUCUUUUGGUUUUAAGCUGGAGAAAGGGGAAAAGGGAAAAGGAGGAACUUGAAAUGACUUGCUAGAGUAACUAGCAUGCCUUUGAGAUGCUGGGGUGGAAGUGGAACUAACUGAAAAACUUGGUUAAGAUCUAGGGAAGUACUUUUUCAGUUGUGCCUUUUACUGAAGACUUCUCUCCCUUCCUACAACUCCUGUCCUGUGGCAACAUUAACAGUUCUAUUACAGUUUAGGGUUUGUUUUUUUUGUAUAAGAAUUGGUGUUCGUCUGGAAAGUGUGCGUUUCUUGCUGCUUUGCUUCGCAUCCUGCACUGAGCUCUACCCGGAGUCCAAUUCCUGCCUCCUGCACCGGAGCCCCCAGUGCCCCACGAGCCCAGAGCUGGGACAUGGGAGCAUGGGAGGAUUUUCAGCAGCAUUUGUGUUUAAACUUAAGACCUGAUGAAGGAAUUAAACUUUUAUUUAAAAA